AUGCAUUCCGAGUCGGUGUACGACAAGGAAGCGUCCACUUCGACCACCUCUGUUGCCAGUAGCCUCUCUGAUGAACAGGUCGCCCGACAUGGUCUAGAGAUAGACCCAGAAACCGGCUACAUACGAUGGCGAAAGGAUAGUAAGGACCACCCGCGGAACUGGUCGACCUUCAGGAAGACGUACGAUACUUCGCUCGUCAUGUUUCUCGAGUUUUAUACAACUGUUAUCAGCACCACAGGAGCUGCUGCGGCUGAACUGGCGUUAGACAACUACACAACCAGUAAGAUGACUCUGCUCGUCGCAUUCAGUCUGACAUAUCAGAUAGGACAAGCAAUAGGCGGGCUUGUCAUUCCCCCCUCGUCCGACCUGUUCGGGCGGCGCAUGCCCUACCUUCUAUCCUGUGCCUUGUUUAGUCUGUCUUGUCUGCUCGUCGGAGUUGUUCCACAUCUGAGCGGCGUCUUCAUCGGGAGAUUCUUUUCGGGACUUGCAUCUGCUGUCCCGUCUGUGGUUGUAAGCGGGACAGUGGAAGACCAGUUCAACACCGAGCACCGGGUAUGGAUUGUCCUGCUCUGGAACGCAGCUGCCACAGCUGGACUCGCUUUUGGACCAGUGUACGCAUCCUGUAUUUCCACAGUUGCUAGCUGGCGCUGGAUCUUCUACAGUGCCGCCAUCGGCACAGGAGUCUGCAAUGUGCUUCUCCUUGGAAUCCGCGAAAGCCGCCCAAGCAAGCUACUCGCAAAGAAAGUUGCGUCUCUACGUGUUGAAUGUCCGAAUGCAGAUCUGAAAUACCACACCGCAGACCCAUUCCCCACGCUGAGAGUAUUCGUGGAUGUCGUCUUCAUCCGGUCCAUGCUCAUGAUCGUUACCGAACCGAUCCUAAUCAUCAUCUCCAGCAUCAGCGCCGUUUCCUGGGGUCUUAUCUACCUCUUCACAGAAUCACUAACAGGAUCUUUCACAGCCCUGGGUCUAUCAAAAGCAGAAGCUUCAUGGCCCUUCCUAGCCUUAAUAAUCGGCGUACUCCUCGACGCACUCCCGCAUAUCUGGGAAGUGCGCAAACUAAAAGAAAAGCGCCGCAAUAAAAUCCCCAUCAAGCCCGAGGAUAAAAUCGCCGGAUUCACCUAUGGAACUAUCGCUCUUGCCGCGGGGCUUUGGUGGUUCUAUAGCACUACACCUCCGGCCUUGAUCUCCGCCAGCCCUCUUCUCCCUACUGCUGCCCUAGUUCCGAUCGGAUUCGGGGUUAAUGAGAUUGCGUAUACGCUUAGUGGGUACCUCACCGAUACGUAUACCGUGUAUGCAGCGUCGGCUUUUGCGGGUCUGGCCUUUGUGCGUGCGAUCGUUGCGGGCAUUGCGCCGCUUAUUGGGCAUGUCUUGUUUACGCCCGGACAUACGGUGACGCCUGGUUAUGUGAUUUCUGCGCUGGGGACGCUGUUCAGUCUGGUUCCGUUUGUCUUUCAUCGUGUUGGGGAGAGGUUUAGAGAGAGGAGUGCCUUUGCACGGUAUAGUUGUGAGAUGGAUUUGUUGACGAGGGUGCAGGAUGUGUAG